AUCACCACCAUACCCCAUACCAGCACUCUGCUCCCCGCCAUACCCCAUACCAGCAUCCUGAUCACUGCCAUACACCAUACCAGUGCCCUGAUCACCGCCAUACCCCAUACCAGCAUUUUGAUCACUGUCAUACCCCAUACCAGCACCCUGCUCACCGCCAUACCCCAUACCAGCACUCUGCUCACCGCCAUACCCCAUACCAGCAUCCUGAUCACUGACAUACACCAUACCAGUGCCCUGAUCACCGCCAUACCCCAUACCAGCAUUCUGAUCACUGUCAUACCCUAUACCAACAUUUUGAUCACCGCCAUACCCUAUACCAGCAUCCUGAUAACAGCCAUACCCCAUACCAGCAUCCUGAUCACCCCCAUACCCCAUCCUGGCUACUGCCAUACCAGCUACCUUUAUGAGUGUUGCCAACAUUGCCAGAUCACAACCAGCUUAAUGGAUUUCACAGCGAAGGCCAUCAAAGCA